AUGGCAAGCACGACUGGUGGUGGAGUUGGAGGAGAUGAACCUGACGAAGAUCGGCCGGACAAGUCCUGGGUGAAGGGCGACUAUGAGCCGGAGCCUUCGAAGAAGAAAAAAAAGAAGAAGAAGAAGGGCAAGGGGCACCGACAUGAAGGUGAAGGGGAAACUGCGGAGGAUCAGUUGGAGUCCUUCAAGAGAGCCAAAAAGGAGGAGCCAACCCCCGUCGCAGUACCUGCUGAGACCCGCUCCGAACCUUCAGCAGACACCGAAGAUGACUGGGGAAAGUGGAGAGGAAAUAGAGGGGACCGAGAGCCAACUGAAGCGCCUGAAGCUCCGGAAGCUGCUCCAGGAACGCCAGUGGUGAUCUUGGGAGAAGCGGUGCCUACCACACCACCGCUAUACCCCUUGGUUGAUGCUGCUGAACAUGGUAGCUUCAGGCCCCCGGAACCAAAGAAUCCGCCGAGGACUUCUUCAACGGCGGGCUCUACGGCAACAGCUGCUGGGCCGACAACAGAUGUUGGACCGACUACGGAUGCUGGCCCGACGAUAGAUGUUGGACCGACUACGGAUGCUGGGCCGACAACAGAUGACGGACCUUCAAGCUCCAGAAGCUCGAUGAAUCUUCCUGGGCAUUUGGUGUCCUACUCCGUGCGAGGUUUUGGCCGAAGGACUGUGGAAUGGGGGUACUACACUCCUGAGGGUGAGCCAAUGGUGAUUGUGCCAUCUUCACCGGAUCGGUCCGAAGAGCACGAAGAGUGGACGGGAGGCCCAGCUGGGUCCGCAGAAGAGCCUGAGGAGCAAGUGCCGCCAGAAGUUCCUUCGGAGAAGGAACAAUCAGAAGAUCGAUCCGACAAGGAUCGUGAGAAAAAGGAGAAGAAAAAGAAAAAGAAAAAAGAGGAGAUCGAGAGGUUGCCGGUCAUCGAAAGGGGACCGCGUGAUCCACCACCAGAUCCUCCUGCACCUGCCUUGAAGCUGGCCGCGCUGAGGAUGCCGUGCAGCACUGGCCGAGAUGAAGGUCAUGGUCGACGUCAGCAGGGAGAAGAAGGCCAAGCCGAUGAAGGGGAACCCUGGGAACGUGCUGAGUUCCAACAGCCGCCCUCGGGAAAGAAGGAUGGAUGGACGCCACAGCUGAAGGGCUGGGUGAUGAGAAAACAUGGAACCAUGCGAGAGCGAAGGUUCCACCCGCUGCACCGUGGUGUUCCGUUCGACCCCAACUGCUUGGAAGCGCUGCGGGUGACCGUAGCCUUUGGACCGGACGGUCGAAGGACUGUCCACCGAGAUCGAUGGUCGGAUGGACCUAAGGAUCUCUUUCCCACCAAGGAGUCUUGGAGGGGCUUCACGUUCUUCAAGCUGAAGAACCUGGAGGGAAACCAGGACGGUAUCGGACAGGUACCUCGCUACCAUGCGGGGGAAGAUGGUCCUUUACCGUAUGUGCCAACUCAGGAACCUUUUGGGCCUACAACGACUUCGAGCUCUACCUCGAAUGCUGCGGCGGAACCUUCGAGCUCUACCUCGAAUGCUGCUGCGGGACCUUCGAGCUCUACGGCUGCGGCUGCUGCUUCUGGCGCUGUUCUGCGCUGGGGCUACCGCCGAGGAGGCGCUGCUGAGAGGAGCCGAGUAGUUGUACAGGCUGGUUCUCAGACCCCGCGACCUCCCGCCAAUGCCGAGGAAACUAGCGGCGAAUGGAGCGUCAUAGAGGAGGCCCCUGCUAGCAAGGAUGACACGCACAUGGAUGACAAGCACCCGCCGAAUGCAACUGGGCAUUUGGCUCAAGACCUGAGGCCUGAAAAAAGGUACAAGCUGUUGCUUGGCGGCCGACUGUGUUUCCCUUGGUAA